GGGAUUCCUGAGCGUUUGGUUACCCUGGAGAGCCGUGUGGAGUGCUGCAGUGUGGACGCCCGAGGUCUCUCCAGUACGUCCCGCUGAAGGAUCUUAAAAAUUGUACAGAAUUUUAAGAUGAGUGAUACUUCUGAAGCGAUUCCAAUUUUUGAAGAGAUGUUUGCAAACAGAUUCACACAGGAUGACAAAGAAUACCAGGAAUACUUGAAACGCCCUCCUGAAUCCCCUCCAAUUGUUGAGGAAUGGAAUAGCAGAGCUGGUGGGAACCAAAGAAACAGAGGCAACUGGCUGCAAGAUAACAGACAAUUUAGAGGUAGGGAUAACAGACGAGGAUGGCCAAGUGACAAUCGGUCAAAUCAGUGGCAUGGACGGUCAUGGGGUAACAACAACUACCCACAGCAGAGACCAGAGCCCUACUAUCAACCAAAUUGCCCACAGUAUGGCCACAACCAGCGGCCUCCAUAUGGUUACUACUGACAGAUGUUGGCAGCUUUUAACAAAGACCUUUUAUUUUGACAACCUGCUAAGUGCUUGUGUGUCUUCUGUUGGUCAUAGCUUUUCAUUCUAUUUUAAAGAAUGGGUUAUUAAUUGUUUAAACUUGAGACUUGAAAAAAUUAAUCUUAUUAGAAAUGUGAUAAUUGAUGGGAAUAAACUUACCAAGUGUGGAUUAUAUUAUUUGACUUUAUCUUACAUACUGUUUUGUUUUAUGAUUUAAUAGUGUUUUGAGUUUGGUCUGUUUUCCUUAUUUGGACUGUAGGAAUUCUGUCUGUAUCACAGAAAUAAAUUUUUUUAAUUAAA